AUGGAGGACCGCGUCAUGAUCUCCGAGGCGCGUAAGCUCGCCGCGCGGAUGAUAUGCUUCGGGUUCGACGGCGUCGAGGUGAACGACCACGCGAGGCGGAUGAUAGGAAAGGGGUGCGGCGCUUGCAUCCUGUUCGCGCGAAACGUGCGCGACCCCGCGCAGCUGUCGUCGAUGUGCGGCGAGCUCAAGCGGCUCGCGUCGCCGCGGAAGCUCCUCAUCAUGAUCGACCAGGAGGGCGGCCGCGUCGCGCGGUUGAAGCCGCCGCACUUCACCGCGCUCCCGAGCGCGCGCGCGGUCGGGAGCGCGCCCGACGCCGCGAACGCCGCGCGCGUCGUCGCCGAAGUCGUCGCGAGCGAGCUCCGCGCGGUGAACGUAGACAUGACGCUCGCGCCCGUCGUGGACGUGCACACGAACCCGCUCAACACGGUCAUCGGCGACCGCGCGUUCGCCGCGGACGCGGACGCUGUCGCGGCGCUCGGCGCGGCGUUCAUACGCGCGCUCCAAGCGAAGGGCGUCGCCGCGUGCGCGAAGCACUUCCCGGGGCACGGCGACACCGUCGAGGACUCGCACGACGACGGGCUUCCGACGCUGACGCACGACAUGGAUCGACUCGAAACGGUCGAACUCAAACCGUUUCGCGCCGCCAUCGACGCGGCCGUGUCGAGCGUGCUCGUCGCGCACGUCUCCGUCCCCGCGAUGGAGGGGAUCGACCCGGGGAAGCGUUUCCCCGCGCCCGUCCCCGCGUCGACGUCGCGCGCGUGCGUUCGGUACCUCCGCCGGACGCUAAACUUUUCCGGGGUGGUCGUGACCGACGACCUCGAGAUGGGCGCGCUCUCUCGCGGCAGCGGGAUCGACCUCGGCGCCGCGGUCGUCGAGGCCGCGCGGAGCGGCGUGGACAUGUUCCUGGCGUGCCACGACGAGCGCAUUCAGACGGAGGCGUUGGAGGCGUUGGCGUGCGCGCUGAUGGACGGCGGGCUGAAGCGGGAGACGGUUCGAUUGGCGGGGGCGAGGCUAGACGUGCUCGACGCCGCGUUCGUUAGCGCGCCGAGGGGGGUGAUCGAGGAGAUACAGAGGGACGUCGCGGGGUUGGUGGGGACGGAGGCGAACGGGAGGAGGAUAGACGAGGCGUUAGGAAUAGGGAUAGGCGCGACGGAGGCGGUCUAGCUACCGCUACGUGUACCUGAUUGGAGCAGCGCGAC